AUGGCAUUCACAUGGGUCUUCUAUUACUAUGACCCUUCUACAGCCGCCGCGGCUAUUUUCAUUGUGCUCUUUGGUCUGAGCAGUGUUAUGCACUUCUAUCAGCUCCUACGGACGAGAACCUGGUUUAUGAUCCCCUUCCUAGUGGGAGGAAUCUUCGAAACCAUUGGCUAUGUCGGUCGCAUACUUUCGUCUUUCCAGUCACCCAAUUUUGCUAUGGUCCCCUAUGUUAUUCAAAGUACACUGCUCCUGAUCGCCCCAGCAUUUUAUGCUGCGAGCGUAUACAUGACUUUGGGCCGAAUUAUCGAAAUGCUUGACGCAGAGCAAUGCUCUAUCAUCAAGCUUAAGUGGCUCACAAAGAUCUUCGUCCUCGGAGAUUGUUUAUCAUUCUUAAUGCAGGCAUCUGGUGCUGGGCUCAUGGUCUCGAACUCGAACAAUCCGUCCACUGGAGAAGAUGUCAUUAUUGGCGGUCUGAUUGCGCAAAUCGUUUUCUUCGGCUUCUUCACUAUUACCGCGAUCGUCUUCCAACUUCGUAUCGCAAAGAACCCAACUUCCCGUUCUAUCGAGGAAAAGAGGCGCUGGCAACGCCACAUGUUUGCUCUCUAUGCCGCCAGCAUCCUUGUUCUGAUCCGAUCUGUUGUUCGUGUGGUGGAAUACGUCCAGGGCUAUGAAGGUUAUUUGAUGAAGCACGAGGUGUUCAUCUAUGUCUUUGAUGCGCUUCUGAUGUUUGGUGUUACCAUGAGUCUUCAGUUCAUUCACCCCAGUGAAAUUAACUGCUUGAUCGGUCGUGGUCGCAAGUAUACCAAGAACGUCUUCAAAGUAAUUGAAUAUGUUCCUAGCUCGUCGCUGGAGCUGAAUACAGUGUCUCCUAGCGAGAGUCAAAAGGAGGGGGUUCAACUUGACGUUUGA